GGGAUAUUUCGAUAAAAGAACAUCGCAAGCUCGGUCACACUUAAUAGGGCACGUCACAGUAUAAUUUGUUUUUGUUUUCGUUUUUUUAAGCUACGCACAUCAAAAUGAGUGCAUUGUUCAAUUUUCAAAGCUUAUUGUCGGUCAUAUUGCUGUUAAUAUGCACCUGUGCCUAUUUGCGUUCACUUUUCCCCAGCAUCAUUGAUCGCAACAAAACGGGGUUGCUGGGCACAUUUUGGAAACUAGCGCGAAUUGGCGAACGAAAGUCCCCUUGGGUUGGAGCCGCUUGCCUGCUAAUGGCUUUCACCGUUCUCUUUUGGAGUUAAGUUUCUAUAAGCAUAACAUUUCGAUUGGCAUUCUGUAGGCU